AUGAACAAUCCAAAACCUUUAGAAUUAAAACCUGUUCAUUUGUUUAUUAUCUUAUUAAUUAGAAUUUCAGUAGUAUUUUUAUUCUUAUUCAUAGCUAGUAACAUAACAUUUAUUUCAACUAACUACACCUGCUACCAUCUAUUUUUAAUAGGUUUUUUAAUUAAAAACAACAAGAUAGAUUUAUCAUUCUAUAGAUCACUACUUAUUAUUACAUUACUAUCUUGUAUGUUAAUACCUUUUAUUAGUAAGUUUUGA